GACUGGGGAAGGGAGAAUAAGGAGUGCCUGCUUGAUGGCUAUGGGAUUUCUUUUAUGGGCAAAUGAAAACGUUCUGUAAUUAGGAUGGUUGCACAACAUGGAGAAUGUGCUAAACGCCCCUGAAUUGUGCACUUUAAAAUGGUGGGACGCCUGGCUGUCUCAUUGGGUAGAGUGUGCAACUCUUGAUCUCUGAGCCCUCUGUUGAGGGUAGAGAUUACUUAAAAAUAAAAUCUAAUAAGAAAUGGUUAAAAUGGGGAAUUUUGUAUUAUAUGGAUUUUACCUCAAUUAAAAAAGUUAAGCCAACAAAAGGAGAUUUAUGAUGGAUUCAUAAAUAUUCUAAAAGAAGGCAGAAAAAGGAAGAAAGGAACAAAGAACAGAUGGGACAAAUAGAAAAUAAGUAGCAAGAUAAUGGGCCAUCAAUAAUGGCCUCUUAAGGGGUCUGAGCCCAUGGUCCCAGCUGUGAUGUAGGAGAGGUGGGUGGUUUUGCCCCAGUACCCAGUAGAAGCAACCAUUUCCAGGCAGACCUGAGGCGUGCUGGAGGCUGAAGUGUGGGUGAACACGGCCCCUGAGGGGCGGUGGCUGGAUAGAGUAGAGAAGGAAGAAUGAGCAAGCGGGAAAACAAAGGAUGGAAGGGACAUGCUGAUACCAGUGAAGUAUCAUCAGCUGCAGCUUCAGGAGCUGAGAGCAUCUGGUUUGGAGAUCUAGUCCAGGGGACACCUUGCGGAAGGAAGAUACAGAAUUUAAACCUUGUCUCACAAGUGUACGGUAGAGCCAAAGAAGACAAGCAGCCAAGGGUCAACUGAAAUUGUAAUCGGCUCACUAAUAAUCUCAGGACAAAGUUGGAGACCACUACUCAAACAUAAGACUUAGAAGGAUGUUUGCUCUAAAUGCUUGGGCUGAGUAUGUUGUGGAAUGGUCUGCACAGGACCCAUAUGGCUUCCUUACAACAGUUGUUUUGGCUCUUAUUUCAUUGUUUCUAGCAAAUGCCAUGCCGCCCUGGAAAUUGGCCAAGAUGAUUGAGACCAGGGAAAAGGAACAAAAGAAGAAGCAAAAACGUCAAGAAAAUAUUGCAAAAGCUAAACGACUAAAAAAGAAUUGAAAGAAUGAACAGGCUCUUACAACCCGAGGAGAAUCAUUUGGAAAAUUACACAGCUUUGGAGGGAUCUACUAAGAUUUCUUCUCUGUUUUUUUUUUUUUAUGACAAUAAUUUGUAGUAAACAAAGUCUGAGCAUAUCAAAGAAUCAUGUUAGUUUUGACUUUUACUGCAGCAACUUUUAGGCUUUGGCGCAGAAGUCUAUUGAUGGUUUUUGUAAAUUGGCAUUUAUUAUGCUAUAAAUUCUUUAUAACUGACUUAGACAUUUGCCAUUUUGCAAUUUAUGUACUGUAAUGAAAACAUACUGUGGAGGAUGACUGUGCAUUAGGAACUCUAGUCAAAUAAUAGCUUAGGUUGAGGUCCUGUCCUGGACAAAGGGAAUUAAGAAUGUAAAAACCAGAACUAUCUUGAGGUGAAAAGUUUGCUUUGGCUUAAAAGGCAUAUAGUAUAUUAAUGACAUCUUUUAUCAUUAUGGCUUAUUUCUUGGAAUUGAAUCAUUUCUGGCUUUCUCAAAGCCAAAUAUUAACCAAUGAUUAUUUCUGCUCAUUUUUUGGCCUUUGAGGUAAUUAUCAGACAUUAUGCAUUUUUGGAAAUCAAUUUUAUGAAGAAUUCUCUUAUUAACUAUGUAGAACACCACCUGCUGGAUAUAACAAUUUUUGUACUUAUGAACUGCCAUUUUUAAGAGGUAUCUUGUUGAAUAAAAUAGCACCAGGACGUAAAGAUUGCAGUAAAAAUGUGAACCUUGUGCUACUUUGGAACCAGGUCAUUCUUUCUUGUGUUUAGUGUUAAGAAAUGUUGUUAACAGAUGUUGUUGUUGGAUGUGGAGAAAGGGGAACCCUCUUAUGCUAC